AUGAUUGCAUUCACAGAUAAAACAGAUAAGAAGAGUUGUGAAGAUUACAAUGGAACAAACCUGAACCCAGUACGACCGAUUAACCCUGGAGAAAGGGGUGAACCGUUUUAUGUCUACUGUGAAGAUGAUGGUGGGGUAGUCAUUCAGCGCAGGACGGAUCUCUCUAUUGAUUUUAAUCGUUCUUGGAAUGACUACUAUCAUGGAUUUGGAGACCUAAACGGGGAUCAUUGGCUGGGACUGAAGAAAAUUGCGCGUAUAAGAUACAGAAAUUUGCCAAUUUGCUUGAUAAAGGUUCUCUUUGACAACGAUGAAUAUGCCAAUGGUACAUGUAGAAGCCUUUUCAAUGAAAAUUUGCAAUGGGGUGCUCAUCGUAGUUGUAGCACAUAUCACACAGGCCCACUCAAGCACCAAUUACGUGCGCGUGGGAACGAGCCAUUUUACGCACCCGGUGGGUCACUGACAAACAUCAGCUCCACCUUAGCUCAUGGAAGACAUUGCGCUGACACAUGCGGGGGAGGCUGGUGGUAUUCUCAAGAACGUUGCCGAGGAAAUAUCAAUGGGAUUCUAACAAACAUGGGAACUGACUGUGAGUCCUGGCCCAAGACUGUAGUGAAAACUUGGAUGAAGUUGAUUCCAUCAAAUGACUGAGUAUACUUA